UGGCGGGAGUUUAUUUCACAGACAUUGAUAGUAAAGAGCAGUCACGUGUCCACAUCCCCCUAUUCCAGCGUUGUCCCGCCUUUUAUCUCUACAAUCCUGACUCCUGACCUUCCGGCCUCCGCAGUACUUGCUACAUUGUAACUAUCUUCCGCUCAUCUGAUUGGCUACCCAGCGUCCACUCAGCGAGCGGUGCCAGGUUCUUCUUGUCUCUGAUUGGUCAGCCGUUGCUCCCUGUAGCCGGAGUGUGAUUAGCCGUUGCUGUGGCUGAUGACGUCAUGUGUAGAGAGAAUUCCGCAGGUCCUUUAGAGAUUCGGACUCCUUGGCGCGGCGGGCGGGUCCUAGCGCCACGCACAUGAGGCGUUUCUGCAGGCUGAAUGGACACGGCCGGUGAAGGCGGCAGCCAGAAAGGAAGUACCCGAAAGGGCGACGGCGGCAGCCAAAAAAAGACAGCGAGGAAGCGGAAAGCCAAGACGCGUGGUGACACAUCUUUGUCGCAGCUCAUCCAGCAACUGCGUGAAACAGUGUUUCCGGAUCCCAAAACACCAGCAACGAGGAAAGAGGUUCUGCAGCAGGCUAAACACCACAUCCUGCAUCUGGAGGGCACCCUGGACUCCCUGUUAAAAAUGAGAAGUCACGUUAUCAUGGAGGACAGCGCCCCCUGUAGCCUGGAGGACAUCAAAGAGGAAUAUGUACAGCUCUAUAGUAGUGAUCAGUGUGACCGUCCUGUUGGGGUGGAGGGGAUGGGUGAGGUGGACCCCGUCCUCUUGUACAUGCGGCAGGAUUUUCAAAGAAACCUGGAAGAAUCGGUGGAAGAAUUAAAGAUAGAAAGUUCUACGGAGUCCGUAUCCUCACCAGAUAUCAUGGACUUUGAACGGUACCUAAAUUACUAUUCGCAGACGGUGGACAUGUUAGUGGAGCACAGGGUGGUGUCUCCGGCGCAGAUCGCUCACUGUGUGGUCUCCAGAGCCAUCUUUAGCCUGUGGCAAGAGUUACUCCAAGAUGGGAAGGACGAGGUUUAUGAGAAGUACUUGUCCCAAGCCAGGAACACUGUCCCCUGCUCCGUUACCUACCCCACAGACACAGGGUGUACCAACGGGGGCAAAAGGGAUAGCGGGGCAGAGAGUCAGGAGGCCACCAGCUCCUUUCUGUCUUCUACUCCUGAAGAGAUUCUCCUUGACGAUGCUCUCGACUUCACUGCCGAAUUUCUAGAUCAGAGUGAAAACCAGAAAAAGUCUUGUCCAGGGGAAGAAGGUGCAUCAGAAAAUCCACCAGCAGAAUAUAUUCUCAGAGAUGUAAGUCCCCCAUGGGAUAGUCCUGGAGGAGAGAAGAAGCUUCACCAACAUGUCUACAAUUUUUUGAGAGCCAAAUUCUCUUCCUGCACUCAGGAGUCUGUCACACAGAACGAUUACGAGACGGUUCUUCUAAGAUGUACGGAAACCUUCGACGAUGAAGACGACCUCUGAGAAGGGUCAAGACGUACGAUAUUAUUUCUGACCCCUGCAAUUUCCAGAGUCAACUUACCGAAUCUUCCUCGUCCAACCAAUAUUUUAAAGGGGUUAUCCAGGAAAAAAAACUUUUUUUUUUUUAUAUAUCUACUGGCUCCAGAAAGUUUAACAGAUUUGUAAAUUAAGUCUAUUAAAAAAAUCUUAAUCCUUUCAGUACUGAUGAGCUGCUGAAGUUGAGUUGUUCUUUUCUGUCUAAGUGCUCUCUGAUGGCACCUGUCUCGGGAACUGUCCAGAGUAGAAGCAAAUCCUCUUCUACUCUGUGCAGUUCCCGAGACAGACAGAGAUGUCAGCAGAGAGCACUGUUGUCAGACAGAAAAGAACAACUCAACUUCAGAAGCUGAUAAGUAUUGGAAGGAUUAAGAUUUUUGAUAUAUAAAAAUAUAUUUUUUUCCCCUGGAAUACCCCUUUAAGUUCUUGAAAAUCACAUUAGGUAUAUCUGUAUCUGGGCUGCCUUUGCAGCUCUCACGGAGGUCACCCAACUUUUCUUGAGCCCUGACUGGACCAAAGGUAUGAUCUUCCUUUUCCAUACUACUAUAUUACAAGGCAGAAAUUUCAUAGUGUGUACCCAGCCUAACGACGUUAAUUGUGGACUUAACGCCAUGUGUGAAUCCACCUUUAGGCCAUGUUCACACGCCGCAAAAUAGGCAGUUUUUUCCUGCCGUAAAUGGUAAAUUAGUGGUCUCCCAACUGUGGCCCUCCAGA